AUGGCCAGUCCCGUCCGGGCUCUUCCCCGUCGGCUGGGCCAGCUGGCGGCUCAGACCCGGCUCUCAGCUGCCGCCAGAGCGGGCCCAUCGUCGAGCUCCUGGGCGUGCCGUCGCGCCCCCGUGGCGGCUCCUUUGCUUUGCAAAAGACAUUUUACCGGUACUGCGCCGUCGCCGGCCGAUGUCGAUGUCAAUGCCGUGCCGCAUUCCACCGAGGCCAACCAGGAGUAUGCCGAGCUGGACACCUUCGCCCGUCGCCACAUCGGCCCCGAUGAUGCCGACACGGCCAAGAUGCUCCAGGCCCUCUCGCCUGCGGUUGACUCCCUGGAUGCCUUCAUCGAGCAGGUUGUCCCUAAAGACAUUCUUACCAGGCGCUCUCUGGCCCUCCAAGAGGAAGAUGAGGCUAAAAACAAGCCCUGGGCCGAGUCGGCCCUCACGCGCAAAGCGACCCAGGCCGCCAGCUUCAACAAAUCUCAAAUCACUCUCAUUGGGCAGGGCUACUAUGGUACCUUGACGCCCGCCGUCAUCCAGAGGAACGUGCUGGAGAAUCCGGCUUGGUACACUAGCUACACUCCCUACCAGCCCGAGAUCAGUCAAGGUCGCCUGGAGUCGCUCGUCAACUUCCAGACCAUGGUCUCCGACCUUACAGGACUUCCCAUUGCCAACGCCAGUCUUCUCGACGAGGGCACCGCCGCGGCCGAGGCCAUGACCUUGUCCAUGAAUACUUUGCCUGCCUCGCGGGCCGCCAGGGAGGGCAAGACUUUCGUCGUGUCCGAUCGGCUCCACCCGCAGACCAUUAAUGUCAUGCGCGCCCGUGCCGACGGCUUCGGCAUCCGCAUCUUGCCCAUGGACGUCGCGGCCGACUCGGCCGCGGCCGAGAUCGAGGCCCUCGGGCAUGAUCUGGUGGGUCUCAUGGUACAGUACCCCGACACCUACGGCGGCGUUGACGACUUCCGAGACCUGGCUGCCGUGGUCCACAAGCAGGGAGCGCUUCUCAGCUGCGCAACAGACCUGCUGGCCUUGACGCUUCUCACACCUCCUGGAGAGUGGGGCGCCGACAUCGCGUUUGGGAGUGCCCAGAGGUUUGGGGUCCCGAUGGGCUUCGGAGGUCCUCACGCUGCCUUCUUUUCUGUCACCGAGAAGCACAAGAGGAAGAUCCCCGGUCGCCUGGUUGGCUUGUCGAAAGACCGGCUCGGCGGCAAGGCGUACCGACUCGCGCUGCAGACCCGCGAACAGCACAUCAGAAGAGAAAAGGCCACGAGUAAUGUCUGCACGUCACAGGCGCUCUUGGCCAAUAUGAGUGCCCUCUACGCUGUUUAUCACGGCCCAGAGGGCUUGAAGGCUAUUGCUGAGAGGACCGUCCGCGGCGCUCGUGUCGUGCAGUCCAUCGCCGAGCAAGCUGGCUAUCAAACGGGUGCCGUGAACACGACUACGGGCAAGCCGGUCCUUUUUGAUACUGUUGUCAUCCAGUUAGGCUCGCCAGAUCAACGAAGAGACUUCCUUGUCGCUGCCAAGGAGCUUAAAUACAUCCUCCGACCGAUCGGAGACAGUGACGUUGGAAUCACUGUUGAUGAAACAACCACCCUCAUGAAUUUAGAGGUUCUGGCCCGCAUCAUCCUGGACUCGAAGCGUGCUGAAGGUCUUGCGCAUUCGAAAACAGUGAGCAGCAAGGCGAAGGAGGCAGUCCGCAAAGCGCUUGCCGAGAACGCCACCGCCCUCGACAUACCCGACAUGUUUCGAAGGAAUAGCAGUUUUCUUACCCACCCGGUUUUUAACACUCACCACUCCGAGACUGAACUGCUGCGGUACAUCCACCACUUGCAGUCGAAGGACCUGUCCCUGGUGCACUCCAUGAUCCCUCUUGGCUCGUGUACCAUGAAGCUGAACGGGACUACUGAGAUGUCACUAAUAUCACAAAAGCCAUUUUCCCAAAUUCAUCCCUACGCACCCCUAGGACAUUCGAGGGCUUACCGACGCAUAUUUGGGUGGUUCCAGCGGCAGCUGUCAAGCAUUACUGGCAUGGACUGUACCUCACUCCAGCCUAAUUCUGGCGCCCAGGGUGAGUUUGCCGGUCUCCGCGCCAUCCGUCAGUACCAGAAGGAGCAUGGCAAGGGUGACAAGAAGCGGGAUAUAUGUCUUAUCCCUGUCUCAGCACAUGGCACGAACCCCGCCUCGGCAGCCAUGGCAGGAAUGCGCGUCGUCCCGAUCAAAUGCGACGUCAAGACGGGCAACCUCGAUCUUGUGGACCUAGAAGAGAAGUGCAAGAAGCAUCAAGACGAGCUCGGCGCCAUUAUGGUCACGUACCCAAGCACGUACGGUGUGUUUGAGCCUGAGGUCAAGAAGGUCUGCAGCAUGGUUCAUGAGUACGGCGGUCAGGUCUAUAUGGAUGGCGCCAACAUGAAUGCGCAGAUCGGGUUGUGCUCCCCCGGCGAAAUCGGAGCUGAUGUCUGCCAUCUCAACCUCCAUAAGACGUUCUGCAUCCCACAUGGUGGCGGAGGGCCCGGUGUUGGGCCCAUCUGUGUCAAGGAACAUCUUGCCCCCUAUCUUCCAGGAGAUGCCAGGGAAACCAGUGAUGGAACGAAUCAUCCUGUGAGCAGUUCCCAAUUCGGAAGUGCAAGCAUAAACCUCAUCAGCUGGGCUUACAACACCUUGAUGGGUCCCGAAGGUCUCCUUCAUGCUACCAAGAUAGGGCUCCUCAACGCAAAUUACUUGCUAUCACGCCUCAAGCCACACUACCAGAUUCUCUACACCAAUGAUCACGGCCGUUGUGCCCAUGAGUUCAUCCUGGACGUCCGACCUUUCAGCAAGACGGCGGGCGUCGAGGCUAUCGACAUUGCCAAGCGCUUGCAGGACUACGGCUUCCACGCGCCCACCAUGAGCUGGCCCGUUGCGGGAACGCUGAUGAUCGAGCCCACCGAGUCCGAGUCGCUCGAGGAGCUCGAUCGUUUCGUUGACGCGCUGGUGUCGAUUCGAAAGGAGAUCCGCGAGGUUGAAGAAGGAAAAGUUCCGCGCGAGGCCAACGUCCUCAAGAUGUCCCCGCACCCGAUACAGGACAUCAUUGACGGUGACGGUGAGGGCAAGUGGAACCGUAACUACUCCAGAGAGAAGGCAGCGUACCCCCUGCCUUGGUUGAGAGAGAAGAAGUUCUGGCCCAGCGUCGCUAGAAUCGACGACGCAUAUGGCGAUAUGAACCUGUUCUGCACUUGCCCUCCGGUUGAGGACACGACUGGAGGAAACUAG